AUGUUAUCAUUAGAAAGAGACACAGAAGCAGAGAUGUAUGGAUUCGAGGUUAUACAAGAAACGAACGGAGAAGAAAAUCGAAGAGUUACCGAACAGCGUCAAAAUUAUCAAAGCAAAGGUGUUGAAAUUGCUGCGGUUACAGAAAUUGUUCCACCAAACAGAAUUGAUGUCGUCGAAUGGUUCCUCAUAGCGUCAUCGGUUGUUCUUCCUUCAAGAAGAUCGAAAGCAUUGCUUCGGGUGUUGAGCAAAAAUUGGGAUGGUGAGAUAGCAUAUCGAGAGGGAAAGGGUUAUGGUAACUGGAGGAGGGGUAUUACUGGAGGUACUGUAGAUGAAGAAGGUGAUGGACAGUUGCAAGAGGAGGAAGGUUGGUUCGAAGGUAGUUGA